CCUUCACACCGAUUCGUCAGGCGCGCGCCCGCCGACCGACAGGCAGUUUCACGUGUUACGUGUACAUAAAUCGUGUGCCGACGACGAAAUUGCUUACGCGGGCACGAUGUGCAGGUAACAUUGCCGCGCAUCGGUGCGACAUGCGAUGGUGAAGCGAUCAAGAUCGGGUAGCGGCGUGUUUGCAGCUGCGAGGUCUCGGUGCGAAGGAAGGAACACGGGCGUGAGAUCGCCGACAAUCGAUGCCAAUGGCCUACGAAGCGUUAUGGCACGAGUACAUGCAGAUGCCCGUGGUGACGCGGGCCUACACCACAGCUUGUGUCAUCACGACCCUCGCCGUGCAAUUAGACUUGGUAUCCCCGUUUCAACUGUAUUUCAAUCCUAUCCUCAUUGUGGAGCAGUACCAGAUAUGGCGAUUAAUAACAACAUUCCUGUUCUUCGGAAAUGUUGGGUUCAACCUAUUAUUCAAUAUGAUCUUCACAUAUCGAUAUUGUCGGAUGUUGGAGGAAGGGUCCUUUCGCAGGAGAACAGCUGAUUUUGUGAUGAUGUUCAUCUUUGGCGGAAUAUGCAUGAUUACUUUUGCAUUCUUCGUCAAUUUGCUGUUUCUGGGACAUGCAUUCACGAUAAUGUUGGUGUACGUGUGGUCACGACGAAAUCCUUUUGUUAGAAUGAAUUUCUUUGGACUUUUGAACUUCCAAGCUCCAUAUUUACCGUGGGUGCUGUUAGGCUUUUCUGUUUUGCUUGGCAAUACGAUAUGGGUCGAUCUUGUGGGAAUGGCGGUAGGACAUACUUACUAUUUCGCGGAGGAUGUAUUUCCGCGGAUAAGAGGCGGUUUUCGAAUUCUGAAAACUCCGCAAAUACUUAAGACUCUGUUUGACGCACAUCCCGAGGAUCCAGAUUAUAUGCCGCCGCCGGAAGACCGGCCGGGUGGCUUCAAUUGGGGACAGGAAGCUAAUGUGCAAUGAUCGACAAAUUCAACAUUUGCUUCCCAAUGCUGUUGUGUCGAAUUGCCCUAAGACGUUGCGGAAACGCGCGUCUCCAUCAUUGUUCCUUUGGAAUUGUCAACAAUUUAGUGCCCGGAUUUGUAUGCAAAGAUAUAUAUUGAGACACACGUAAAGAAUAAUAUAUAGAGUGUGUAAGAGAUUGGGUGAUUUCGUUUCGUUCAAGCCUGGUGCUGAUAUUUUAGCGAAAAUUCGGCAGAACAUACCUAAUUAAAGAUUUUAUUACAAAAAAAUUAAAAUUUAUGAUAGUUUAGUUAGUCUAAUAAUAAUCAUAAAAUUAUCGUCGAGAGAAAGCUAUCUUCAAACUUUUCAAAGAAUUCGUAGAAAAGAAUGUGUGUUAACAUUUUAUACACUCUGCGUAUAAACAAAACAAUUACAGAGAUAUGCAUGGUAUCUGUUAUUGAUUUUCUUUAAUUCCAUUUGCACAUUCAUACGUGUUCUUUGAUAUUUGUUUCUGCGUACAGAAUCCAAUACUGCUGCUUCUAUUGAUGAUAUUAAUAUUAACUCUUUGGAAGCCAAGUGUUGCUCUUUUAGCGUUAUUGCAGAAAAUAUGAUGGAUUAAAUUACUCUAUUCAAACUAUAAGGUGCAAAUUUAUAUUGUUUCCAAUCAGAUUCUCCAACAAGUUUGAAAUGAGUUGAAUGAUUAAAAAAUUAGUAAUUUAAGUUAUUAGAUAUUAUUAGUCCAAGCUCUUUAUAUACGAAAUUCUAAUGUGUACAGUAGCUUGUUUCAUCCUAGAGAUAUAGCGAGAAAAAGUUUUAGAGUAAUAACAAGUGUUAAAAUUUGCGCAGAUUUAUUAUCUGUGGAAUUCAGAAUUCUUCAAUUCGAUAGAUAUAGUAUUUUUAUGCACGCGAGUGCAACUGAAUUGGCAUUCCAAGGGUUAAAUCCCGUCUGUCAGUGAACAUAAACUUCCGGCUCAGCACGGGGAUAAUGUAAUUUUUCACUCGCGAAUUAAUUAGAUUUAUUGUAUCGAGAGUGUCACUUUUGUAAGAUAUUUGCGAUCGGUGGUAAUUGUGAUAUACUAACCGUGCUCAUAAUUCUUGCAAGUAUCGAUGGGAGAAAGUGAGAGAGAAAGAGAGAGACAGAAAAAUGCCAUUGUGCAAGGGAGACUAUUUUAAAAUGUACUAAAGCAUUUAUUUAUAUUUAUUAUCGUAGCGAAGUGUAAUCUAGGCAACAUCUACAAAGUACAAAUCGUUAAAUAUAAACUAAAGAAAUAAUAUAUAUACACACACUUCCCACACUUUGUUUAUAUGUGUAUAUUAUGUACUAUAUGAAUAUAACGGAGACUUGAUUAUAGUUAAUCGCGUCGCUUUUUCUUUCUGUUAUUUCAUUGUGAAAUCGAUGAAAAAUGUUGUUUCUAAGGACAAUCUAUUAGUUAAUUACUGUGGUAGCAAAUUUUGAGUUUUAUUUCUUAAACGAUUUUAUUUUUUAAUGAUAACUAUUCGAAUUUUUAAAGAUGUGCAUUAAAUUUUAAUGUAGCUUUGCGUCUUUAGAUUUUUAUUUUUUCUUCUGUUUGACAAUUACGUUGCUAAGUACAAUUAAUAAUCAGCUUGGACAUAACUUUUUCUGUGAUUCUCGUGAGCGCUAUGUGCAAUUAUAAGCUGAACAGAUGUGGAUUUUUAACGUAGGUCACCACUUUAAAUGUUAAUGCAAAUUUAUUUUACAGUAUUACCGAUUAGACAAAAAUAUAAAAAAUUUGAACUCCCAUGCGAUUGCGAGAAAUAAUUAUCGUUUUAAUCGCAAUUUUUAUAAGAUCCUCAGGUUUUGAGUUUUAAAUUCUUCUUUUAAAUGCUAUAUUCAAAUCUUUAUACCGUUCUAAUUUUUUAGAGACUUGCACAUAUUUAUCUUCUCUUAUAUCUUUGGCUUCCAGGAUUGUAGAAUAUGCUUUUCCUUUGCACGAUGUAUUCUUCGCAUUCUUAGCUUAAUAUAUUAUAUUUGUUAUUCUGACGUGGAUGUUGCGAUUUUAGAUUUUUAAGUUAUUAAUUAUGAAAUUGCCGGUCAUUUCUUAAACAUUAACAUUGUCAUUCUGAUACAGUUAACAAUGAUUACACACUUGAUCGGUUCCUGUUAGGAGGCGUUUGUAUUAACUCUUUCAGUAUCUGGUUAAGUACAUAAGAACUAUGAAAUAUUUCUUGUUAAUCUUGAUUCAUUUAAAUAUUUUUUUUACUUUUAGACGUGUAAAAACGCUUACGUCUAAAGAAAGUGACAAAUUUACCGAAAGUAGACAUGCGAUAUGUGACACGUAGAUGCUGAAAGGGUGAAUCAACAAGCACAUCCGCAAUCGCCAAAGAGUACGUUAAUAAUUAUUAAAGAGCUGUAAAGAAAUGAAUAAUAAUGAAUAGAAUAAGAAGUGAUUUUACAAAACCAUUUAUUUCGAUUUAAAUAAUAAAUGAUUAGCGUAAUAGGAUUAAUAUAAUGAUGUAUAACUAAAUACAUAUACGCGAUGACAUGGACUAUAAUACAAUGAUCAUCAGGGCUCUAUUGUACACUUGUUCCUUAUUGUUUUAUCAUAUCGCCACUGUUGCUAAAAGCACCGUGAUAUCGUCCGGUUUACCACCUGGAAGUUUUAAAAUCUACUUUUGUACGCCCUUUCGUCGAAUAUUCUUAAUUUAAAUUGUGUGCGUUUAUUCAUAUUAGUGAAUUAAGUUCAAACAAGUGGAUCAAAUAAACUUUUAAUUAUCUAAUUUUUUUCUAUAAAAGAGAAAUAAUAAAAUUUUAGUAUAUCAUGAA